GAAAACAUGUAUGUUGAUUCGUAAUCUAGAGAAAAUUAUAUAAAUAUAUUACGAGGCUUAGUUUCUUAUUUUCAUUAUAAUUUAUAUUCCCCUUUUAUUUAAAAUUGAAUAUCUUUUCCUCCCUCUCCCCAAUUGUAAUUUAUUCAAAAAAAAAAAAAAGAAAGGUAUCUUUUCCAUUGAGAUUUGAGAAAUACUCCACGUCCUAGUCAUAUUAGGUUUUCUAUAUUUUUUUGUUUAUAUAUAACUUCGUGCUAGUAGUACAUCAUUCCAUGUUACAGAAAAUCACUGGUUCUUUCUUCGCUGUUUAUCCGUCAUCCUGUCCCUUCCAAGAUGUUGUGGCGGAUACUCCAUCCGGCUCAUUCAUUAUACGCAGUUCGUACUUACCCUAGGGACUGCGGUCCACCCCAUGCCGACCAGGAGGAAGUUCAUGAUGAGUUGAUGAUUUCCUCGGACGAUGAGGAGGAAUACGUAGUUAUCGAGUCAUCUGAAUUCGAGGGCCAGAACGAGGACGAUGCUGUUCAUGAAGUGGUUUCAUCAUCGUCCACUUCGACCCGUCAGUCGUUGUUGCCUGCUGAUACUCAUUCGCCUCCACGUCGUCUUCGCUAUUGUUGCCGACAGUUUCCUAAGGGCUGCGGUCCACCGUCAAGAUUUACGAGUUCAGCCGCAGACGAUGAUCCAGAAGAGGAGCUUGAAUUGGUUGUUUCCUCCCAUGACGAGGGAGAAUGCGUAGAUUUUGAACGAGCAAUAGAACCUGAAUCUCAGGCCGGCGAGGUUGAUGAGAUGUCAUGUCAGAUGUUGCCAAGAAAGCGCAGCAAGAUCAACCGAUAUCAGCGAUCUCAAGCGAGGAAAUUGAUGCAACGGGCCCUGAAUUCUCGUUUCAGGCAUAGGAAGAGCUCCUCCAAAAUUAGUUCCGGCUCAAACAAAAAGCAAAGGAUUGAAUAGCUGAAGCAAAUCUAACCCAACUCCAGUUCUUAUAUUUCUCUAGGAAUAUUUACCAUAUACCGCUUCUUCAUGAAACUAUGAAUUCGAAUAACUGAUAUUGUACAGU